AUGGUUAAAGAUCAAGAUAAAGAUGAACAUGCAGCAUUAAACAGUUUAAUUUUCAAUAUAACAAAUGAAGUAUUGAAUUCCAUAUCAAUGGUUUCAGCAUUUUUUGUAGUCUGCACGAUAUCGUAUCUAAGGAUCAAUAGAAAAUCGUUGGCAAAUAGAGUAUCGUUCCGUCUACAAGCUUAUGUUUCAUUGACUGAUUUGCUUUUUUCAGCUUUUCAGAUUAUGACGGUGAAUUCUUCUUCACCUGGUGACUGGGUAUGUCAUGUGGCACCUUGGGGAUUUGUUUUCACAUCGUUGCUCAGCCUUUUCUUAACGGUGGCCAUGACAUUCAAUUUACAAAUAAUCUUUGUACAUAAUUAUAUGCAUACGAAACAUUUCGAAAAAUAUUAUGUUAUGAUUCCUUUAUUUUUAUCAUUUACGUUGAGUAUUUUGCCAGUUAUAUUUGACGCACUUGGAUAUGAUGAGAAAGAAAUUAGUUGUUGGUAUAAACGUGGGAAUACGACAAGUUCAGUUAUAUGGCAAUGGGCAACGUUACAUGGAUGGAUCAUUCUCUCCAUAGGGUAUUGUAUAACAUCCGUGCUCCUGAUCGUAUAUCGAAUUCGUACGGUGAAUCAUCAAUCAAACAUCUCGAAUGACUUAAUGUCAUCCGUCUCCAAUAAACGUUUCUCCCAAUCGCGGAUCAGACAGCAAUUUCUCAUCAAUCGGGCCGUACAACGCAUAGUUUUAUACCCUACAAUACCCAUAAUUUGUUUUUCUUUUAAUAUAAUCGCGACUUUAAUACUUUAUGUCAGACAAGAUAAUUAUUUUCUAGUGCAAAUGGCAUCAAAUGUUGGAACGAGCUCACAGGGAACUUUAAAUGCUGUAGUGUUCUGCUUUGAUCCGAUCAUGAAACACGUGUGGACGGAACUAGCCGAGAAAUGGGUUAAAGUUAACGAUAGCAAUGGAAUAACAGAUGAUACGAAAAAUGAAUCGACUGGCGAAGGAGAGCCAGAGUCAAGAUAUGGUUAUGACGUUGUAACGCUUUUGUAA